CAGCACACACACACACACACGCACACACGCACACACUCCUCCGGUUACCGGGUCCGUGUCAGAUGUGUUUCUAUUUUUUCCCUCCGACCCGGAACUGCUCUGAGCGCGAGAGGACGGUCUCUCUCCGCAUCUCACGCACCAAACUCCGCCUCGCGCCCUCCGGUCUGGACCGAUCCGGUCACAACAACCGACCACCGACCGCUGUGCGGGCCGGACCGCAACAACAUGUCCCUGCAGCUCCCUCCGUGCGUGAUAGACUGCGGGACCGGAGUUUCCUGUGUUUGAUGGACAGUAUCAGACAGAUGGAGGAUGUCAGCAGCAGCAGAUCUGUGGUCAGUCUGUGCUCUAUUCUGGUCGGAGCGUCUGAAUGUGGGACAGCUGGAGGAAGUGGAACAGGAGCUGCACGCUGCGUUGACUGUCAGGCAGGAAAAAACAGACAGUACACAAAGAUCGGCUAUGCUGGAAACACAGAGCCACAGUUCAUCAUGCCCUCCUGCAUCGCCAUCAAGGAGUCGGCCAGCGUGGGAGAACAGGCUCAGAGGAGGCUCGUACGAGGAGUCGACGACCUGGACUUCUACAUCGGAGACGAAGCUGUAGACAAACCCAACUAUGCAACCAAGUGGCCCAUCCGUCAUGGGAUGGUAGAGGACUGGGAUCUGAUGGAGAAGUUCAUGGAGCAGGUCAUCUUCAAAUACCUUCGAGCUGAGCCUGAAGACCACAGCUUCCUCAUGACGGAGCCUCCUCUCAACACUCCGGAGAACAGAGAGUACCUGGCUGAGAUCAUGUUUGAGACCUUCAACAUACCUGGACUCUACAUUGCAGUGCAGGCGGUGUUGGCGUUGGCGGCGUCCUGGACGUCUCGGCAGGUCGGACAGAGAACUCUGACCGGCAUCGUGAUCGACAGUGGAGACGGAGUCACACACGCCAUCCCUGUGGCUGAGGGCUACGUGAUUGGCAGCUGUAUAAAGCACAUCCCCAUUGCAGGGCGGGACAUCACCUUCUUCAUCCAGCAGCUGCUCAGAGACCGAGAGGUGGGGAUUCCUCCAGAGCAGUCGCUGGAGACUGCCAAGGCUGUCAAGGAGCGGUACUGCUACAUCUGUCCAGACAUCGUGAAGGAGUUCACAAAGUACGACUCUGACCCAGGGAAAUGGAUCAAACAGUACCGUGGAGUCAACGCCGUCAGUAAGAACGCCUUUCACAUCGACGUCGGCUACGAGCGCUUCCUUGGCCCCGAGAUCUUCUUCCACCCUGAGUUUGCUAACCCAGACUUCAUGCAGCCCAUCUCUGAUGUUGUUGAUGAGGUCAUCCAGAGCUGUCCAAUCGACGUCAGGAGGCCGCUCUACAAGAACAUCGUGCUCUCUGGAGGAUCCACUAUGUUCAGAGACUUUGGACGGCGGCUGCAGAGAGACCUGAAGAGAGUCGUGGACGCUCGACUGAAACUGAGUGAAGAGCUCAGUGGAGGACGGAUAAAGCCAAAGCCGAUGGAGGUUCAGGUUGUUACACAUCACAUGCAGCGAUACGCCGUCUGGUUUGGAGGCUCCAUGCUGGCGUCCACGCCGGAGUUUUUACAGGUGUGUCACUCUAAGAAGGACUACGAUGAGAUCGGCCCCAGCAUCUGUCGACACAACCCCGUGUUUGGCAUCAUGUCCUGAUGGCAGCCGCGACAGGGCUAGCCUGUUAGCCUACUAUGUUGUUAGCCCAUUAGGUUGUUAGCCUGUUGGCCUUUCAGCCUGCUACCCACUAGAUAGCCAGCCAGCCAGCUAGCCUGUUAGCCUGUGGGCUCUGCAGCUCGCUGGCCUGUUUACCUGCUAUCUGCUAGCCUCCAGCCACUUUGCCAAUAGUUAGUCUCUUGCCCCACUCAGUUUUCAGCCCAAUAGACUGUUAGCCAGCUAGCUCAGCGCCAUCAAGAACAAGAAGACCCGCAGGAACUGAGGCACAAACACGAGUUAGAAAACGGUGAAAGAAAAGCGUGCUAUCAUUAUAUUUUAAACUAAUAAAUCUACUCAACAGAUAACUAUUUUUUAUCCAAAAAUGUCUAAAGGCUCAGAGGAUUUCUCUAGCUGACAGUCUGCUAGCUGCUAGCCUGUUAGCAUCCCCCUCAAUGAUGAUUGUUUUACUGAGUUACUUUAGAGAAACGUACAGGCCGAGUUUACAAAGUUUUCUUUUGUCAUAGUGACCUUUACAGCAAACGAGGAAGAACUGAAACCAGAAUUGUUUAAUCGGUUUAACAGAUUCUGUUCUGAACACAAUUACCAAGAGAAACCAAACAAAAUUGACACUGUAGGAAGAGGCUGAAAGAACUUUUAACAAUUUGGAAAAUAAUAUUUGAUGAUGGUGGAAAUGUUUUUAAAAAUUGGUAAAAAGUGUGAAUAACUUCACCCGCACACACAAAAAUGAGAUGAAAUACUUUUACUGCAGUUGUUAACACAAAGCCAAGAACAGAAGUCUGUUCACUUUUUCUGUGUUUGAGUUCUGCUGUAAAAUAUGAGCCGACUGUUUCAGUGAUCAUCUCUUUCAUCACUGCCGUGUUUUUUCUACGUCUUCACCACAUCCUCUGCAUGUGUCGGAGCGUAUUUAUAGGACACCUGCUGUCAGUCAACAUGUUAGCUUGCUAGCUGUCGUCAUGAUUGGAUGCUUCUCAUCUCUUUUCUAAAGACACUCGGCUGCUCAAUGUGUCUCCAGGAUUUCAUAGUGACAUAUUCAGAAGAAUCUAACAGAUGAAGAUUAACACCACAAACAUUGCCUUUUUAAAUGACUACUUUUCCUGUGACACUGAACAAGAAUAAUAACAGAAUAAUAACAAUAAUUUAAGUUGAACUGAAAUUAAAAUGUAUUUUUGCUAGGAAAUCCCAAAAAAGGAGAAUUGCAAGUUUUAUUUAUUGAUCUGCAGUGAUAGUGCCCUUCUUCUCCAGCAGGUGUUGAACCAGAACAACAACCAAGUUACAUCUAGUGGAAAUUAGGGCUAACAUUAGCAAGCUAAAAUAAUUAGCUUCCACUUUCCAGGUAGAACACAAACUUAACAGCACAUUGGGUCCUCCCCAGUGUUCAAUGUUGUAAAGGAACAGACUAUUAUUUGAAUUAACAGCAGUGAUUGAAGUUUCGGUUGGCAGCACUACAAGCUGUAAACUGUUGCCUGUUUCACCGUUGUGUUUGUGUCCAGCUGACAACUUUAAGUCCAAUACUCACUCAAGUUUUAGCUGUUUUGAGAAAAAUAAUCCUCUUUAGUUGCUAAACCAAAACUAAACCUAGCAGCUAAUAGAGACUAAAAAGCUCUGCAGAGCUGCAGAGUUUUUACAUUACACUACAGUACAUUAUAAAAAAUAAGUCUAUCUAUUAGAGAUAUAAUAAUUUGUUUUUAAAGAUGAUUAGAGCGGCUUUAGAUCAAUAAUGUUACAUAAUCAACGUUAUGUGGAUGUGCUGAAACUGGGAAAAAAGGAAAGUCUUGUAUCAGUGUUCAUAGGAUUUAUAGCUAUGACGUUACACAGAAGUUGUCAGUGUGUAAUGUGUUGAGAAUUAUCAGUGACGCUGCAGCUCCUCUUCGCUUUAUGGAGCUUUAUAGUGAGUUU